AUGCACUUCAAAUCGCGCGUAUCCACAACCACCGUGCACGAACUCCUCUUCGCCGACGACUGCGCCCUGAACACCACCUCGGAAGAGGAGAUGCAACGGAGCAUGGACCUGUUCUCCGCCGCCUGCGAGAACUUUGGUCUGGUCAUCAACACACAGAAGAAGGUGGUGAUGCACCAACCGCCACCCAACUCGGCCACAGCCCCCAACGCGCCGCCGCAAAUCAGCGUGAAUGGAACCCAACUGCAAGUGGUGGAGAACUUCCCAUACCUGGGCAGUACUCUCUCCCGCAACACCAAGAUCGACGACGAAGUCGCCAACAGGAUCUCGAAAGCCAGUCAAGCCUUCGGUCGACUCCAAAGCACAGUUUGGAAUCGUCAUGGUCUCCAACUGAGCACGAAGCUGAAGAUGUACAAGGCCGUCAUCCUGCCGACACUACUGUAUGGAGCGGAGACUUAG